GGCUUCGGGGGGGGGCCCUCUCUUUUUUCUCCCAUCGCCCCGUCUUUCUCUCCCAUCACUUUCCUAACGGGAGGAGCGUUUGGAGGUGGAAAGCUACUGCAUCGAGACAGCGCGGCGACAGGGAGCCAGAGGAGAAAGAAGAUCCACCGCGCCCCAUCGAGUUGUCUUCCCCUCACCUCGUCCGAGAUGAGGCUUCCCAGACCCCUCUUUUCAAUGCGGCCUCGCCUGCUAAGUUAUACCCUGGGCAUCCUCUUCAUCCUUGAGAUCGGACUCUAUGCUUUUCCUUCAGAUUCUGGGAUAUUUCUCAUCUAUAACAGUGGUCUUCAGAGUUGCUUGGAAACAAAGGACACUUUGGUGAAAAUUUCUAAGAUCUGUAAUGCAAGUCUGCCUGCUCAGAAGUGGAAAUGGGUUUCCAGGAACCGGCUUUUCAACAUUGGAAAUAUGCAGUGCUUGGGAGUUUCCUGGAAGUCUGCAAACAGCAGUGCCACUACCCAUGCAUUAGCCACUUAUGAAUGUGACCGUGAAUCUGUCAACAUGCGGUGGAACUGUCGGAGUCUAGGGGACCAGCUUUCCCAAUAUUUGAGCUCAAGGUUGGGGAACUGGUCACUGACACCAGCUGAGAGAGGUGACCAGGCUCAUGGAGGACAAUGGAAGAUCUAUGGCCAUGAUGAAGAUUUGUGCUCUAGGCCAUACUCUGAAAUUUACACUAUUCAAGGCAACUCUCAUGGAAAACCCUGCACCAUCCCCUUCAAGUACGAUAAUCAGUGGUUUCAUGAUUGUACAAGUAUGGGACGUGGAGAUGGCCAUCUCUGGUGUGCCACCACACAGGAUUAUGGCAAAGAUGAGCGAUGGGGAUUCUGCCCUGUUAAGAGCAAUGACUGUGAUACAUUCUGGGAUAGAGACCAACUCACCAAUAGUUGCUAUCAGUUCAACUUCCAGUCCACCCUGUCUUGGCAGGAGGCUGGAAAGAGCUGUGAGCAGCAGGGAGCCAGCUUACUUAGUAUCACUGCGAUUCAUGAGCAGACCUACAUCAAUGGACUGCUGACAGGAUAUGGUUCCACACUCUGGAUUGGGCUUAAUGAUUUGGACCUCAAUGGGGGCUGGCAAUGGUCUGACAAUUCCCCCUUGAAGUUCCUUAAUUGGGAAAAUGAUCAACCUGAUAAUCCCAAUGAAGAAAAUUGCGGGGUGAUACGGACAGAGUCCUCAGGAGGAUGGCAGAAUCGGGAUUGCAGCAUUGCUUUGCCAUAUAUCUGUAAGAAGAAACCAAAUGCCACUUCUAAUACAUACUUCACAGAAUCUGAAGUGAAGAUUGAUUGUGAUCCCAGCUGGCAGCCAUUCCAAUCUAACUGCUAUCGUUUGAUAAGUGAAAAGAAAACUUGGAUAGAUGCCAAAAAGACUUGUCUGCGCAGUGAAGGGGAUUUGGUGAGCAUCCAUACUCUAUCUGAACUGGAGUUUGUCUCCAAGCAAAUCAAACAAGAUGUUGAAGAACUUUGGAUUGGUCUGAAUGAUCUUCGACUACAGAUGAAUUUUGAGUGGUCAGAUGGCACACCAGUGCAAUUUACAUUCUGGCAUCCUUUUGAGCCCAAUAAUUUCCGAGAUAGCCUUGAAGAUUGUGUGACUAUCUGGGGACCGGAAGGAAGAUGGAAUGACAGUCCUUGCAAUCAGACAUUGCCUUCUGUCUGUAAGAAAAGAGGUCGAGUAAGUCAGGGGAAAGAGGAGGAUCAUGGCUGUAGAAAGGGUUGGAAAUGGCACAGUCCAUCAUGCUAUUGGCUGGGGGAUGACCAUGUGAUAUACAACGAAGCUCGAAAAAUGUGCAUGGAUUAUGGCUCUGCCCUGGUUACCAUUACCAACAGGUUUGAGCAGGCCUACGUGAGCAGCCUCAUCUAUGGCUGGGAGGAUGAAUAUUUCUGGACUGCAUUACAAGACAUAAAUGAAACUGGUUCUUUCCUUUGGUUGAGUGGAGAUGAAGUCACUUACACUCACUGGAACCGCAACCAACCUGGUUAUAACAAAGGUGGCUGUGUUGCUUUGGCCACAGGAAGUGCCAUGGGCCUGUGGGAAGUAAAGAACUGCACUACAUUCAAGGCCAAGUAUAUUUGCAGACAGAAUCUGGGGACACCAGUAAAUCCUGAACUUCCUUCGCCACAUCCUACACCCAGUCUCACUGGCUCUUGUCCUUCAGGUUGGACCACUACCUCCAAACUGAGAUAUUGCUAUAAAGUAUUCAGCUAUGAUAAGCUUCAGGAAAAGAAAAAUUGGAUCACAGCACAUUUGUUCUGUCAGGAAUUAAAAGCACAGCUCUUGAGCUUGAGUGAUUAUGAGGAGGAACAUUUUGUAGCCAAUACCCUCAACAAGAUUUUUGGGGAGUUGGAACCUGACAUUCAUGAACAACAUUGGUUCUGGAUUGGCUUGAAUCGCCGUAGUCCUAGAGCUGAGGGAAGCUGGAGCUGGAGUGAUGGUGUUGGAUUUUCUUAUCACAACUUUGACCGCAGUAAUCAUGAUAAUGAUGACAUCCGUAACUGUGUGGCCCUGGACUUGGCAUCCUUGCAGUGGGUGCCUCUGCAGUGUGAAAUUAAACUGGACUGGAUCUGCAAAUUGCCCAAAGGAACUGAGGUGACAGAACCAGAAACAACCAUCCAAGGGACUAAUGAGUGGUUAAAGUUUCAGGAUGCUGAAUACAAGUUCUUUGAUCACCAUUCAACUUGGGUGCAGGCUCAACGGAUUUGCACAUGGUUUCAAGCUGAGUUGGUAUCAAUUCAUAGCCAAACUGAAUUGGAUUUUCUGGGCCAAAACUUGAAGAAGUUUUCAAGAGGUCAGGAGGAACAUUGGUGGAUUGGAUUAAACACCUAUGAGAACGAUGGACGGUUUCGGUGGUGUGAUGGUUCUCUGUUGAAUUUCAUCUCAUGGGCACCUGGUAAACCACGGCUUCUCAACAAAGAAAAGAAAUGUGUGUACAUGACAGCUAGCCGAGAGGAUUGGGGUGACCAGAAAUGCCUCACUGCUCUGCCUUAUAUUUGCAAGCGUACCAACAUCACUACUGUGCAGCCCUCCUUGCCAUCACUAUCUGUACCAACUCCUGGCAGCUGUGCCCAAGACUGGCAUGCCUUCAUUAAUAAGUGCUUUAAGAUCUAUAAUCAAGAAAAAGUGACUUGGCUGGAGGCAAAGCGAAAAUGUGAAAUUCAGGGAGGUAUAUUGGCUACUAUUUCCAACCACCUUGAGCAAGCUUUUAUAACAACUCUUCUCCCAAAUGUAACCUUUGAUAUAUGGAUUGGCCUCCAUGAUUCCAAGAAGGAAUUUCUCUGGGUAGAAUCUGAGACUGUCAAGUAUGUGAACUGGGCCCCUGGAGAACCAUCUGGAUAUGGAACAUCCAUUACUAGUGAUCAGCCGACCAACUGUGCUGUAAUGUGGCAUGGCCUCCCUUCCCUGUUUACAGGCCGUUGGGAUGAUAGGAAUUGCCAAGAGGAGAAACAUAUUUUUUUAUGCCAGAGAAGCAAAGACCCUACUAUAAAUCCUUCUUCAACAUCCUUCUCUUCUGUUCUCAACUCUACUCUUUCAUAUCUUAACAACACUUACCGUGUCUUGAUGAAGCCGCUCAAAUGGCACGAAGCUGUGUUAUUAUGUGAGAGUCUCAAUGGAAGUCUAGCAAAUGUAAUGGAACCAUUUACCCAGGCCUUCCUCACUCAGGCUGUCAACAGCUUACAUACUCCACUCUGGAUUGGCUUGUCCAAUGAAGAAGGGAGACGUAACUAUGAAUGGUUUACAGAUGAGAGUGUUUCCUACACAAACUGGCAAGAUGGAGAACCGCAACAACUUGUAGGGUGUGCAUACAUGGACAUAGAUGGAACAUGGCGAACUGCUACUUGCAAUACAAAGCUUCAAGGGGCCAUCUGCAAGUUGAACACAGGUCCCCUUUCUUCACACAAGUGGAGCUACAAUGGAAGUUGUCCUAAAACAAUAGAAGAUUCCUCCUGGGUUCCUUUCCAAAACCAUUGCUAUGCUUUCCACAUGGAAGUUAUUCUAGGUCAGAAAGAAGCUGUGAAGAAAUGCCAGAAAGUUGGAGGUAUGGUGCUGUCCAUUGAAGAUGAAAUGGAGAAUAUAUUUAUUUGGCAACAUCUACAAGUUUAUGAGAGCCAAGCCAAAGGAGUAUGGCUGGGGAUGUCCUUUAAUCCCAAAGGGGGUACACUUGUUUGGCAUGACAACACAGCUGUAAACUAUUCUAACUGGGGACAACAUGAUACAGGACCAAGCAUGAUCAGCCCAAAUAGCUGCUAUUGGAUCCAGAGCAGCAAUGGCGUCUGGCGAUUGGGCUCUUGUUCAAAUGUAACCAUGGGAGUCAUCUGUAAGACAACUCGAGUGAAAGGAACCUCCAUCUCCAAAUCAGCUUUCCUGGAAAACACAAAAACCAUUGUUGUAGUCAUCCUUUCCUCAAUAGCAUUUUGUGCACUGGUAGCUGUGGCCCUCUAUCUGUAUAAGCGACGGUGGAUUUCAGAACGAGGGACAUUUGAGAGUGCUCGCUAUAGCCGCACCAACGCUAGUCCUAGUGAAUCUGCUGAGAAGAACAUCCUGGUAUCUGAUAUGGAGAUGAAUGAACAACAAGAAUAAUGGACUCAAGUUGGAAUUCAAAAUCAUUAGAUAGUUAAUCCUUUGUGUCGGGAAUUUAUAAAGCAGAACUUCAAAAAAUCAGUAUUAUUUAAUUCUAGACUUAGCUAAACUUUACAAUUUAUCCCAGUUUAAUUGCAAAACAUCUAUAAUAGUGUGCAACAUUGCCCCUUUUCAAUUAUGCAGGUAGCUAAUUCAAGUCAAAAUAUAGUAUAUGGAGAAAUGCAUAAAGGGAAACUUGCUAAAAACAGAGAACUAAAAAUAGUCUCUAAAAUUGAUUCGCAACUUACUCUUUAGGAGAAUAGUCAGAUUAGUUAACCCUAGGGCAUCAACUCGAAAGCAAGAUGAAAAUCAGAAUGCCAAUGAAACUUUAGAUUGUAUCUAUGAAACAUGCUUAUUUAGUCUUAGGUAUGUUUAUUUAAAGCAUUCCUUUUCAGGGAUGCAGUUGCAAACGUUUUGAUUGUUACUCUCAUAUAUAAACAAAAAAAGAUGUAUUAAAAAUUUAAGAAAUUGCUAUUCAAUGCAGCUUUAAAAGGUUUCGUCCGCCUUGAUCACUGAAGGCAUUCACUGUUUAUGCAGUAUAGCAAAGAAAUGACAUUUAUUUGAAAAGGAUUCAUGCGUCUGUAACCAAUAUGGUAUGUCUGAACUACAAAAGUACUUUAAGAGCUAUCACUGUUCUCGGAUUCCCUCCUAUGGGCAUAGGGACACUUCAAAAGUACUUUAUGCAUUUAUAAAUGAUGUUCCUCGAUUUGUAGUUUAUGGGAAUGUAACUUUUCAAAAGCUGUCUCUAGGUGUAGAAACAUAAUAAAUUCUUUAAAUAUAGCUUAUUGUGGCAGCAUGAAAAUUAGUGGUGGUGUUCUAAGGAUUCCAACUGAGGCAAAUUUUCUGGGCUAAAAUUGUUAACAUUAAACCAUCAUGAACUUAUGGCAUGUGAUGUACUGAGCAUGGAAAUGAAACCAUCCUUGCCAAGGAAAAAAUCGCCAAAUGAUGUAUAGCAAAAUAAAAUAACUGAGGUUUGAAAAAAAACACUAUAUCUCAAGGUAAAGAGAAUUUACAUCAAUA